UAACUAGCUAUGAAAGUAAGCGCUAAAUAUUACUCGAAGUAGUCAGCAAAACAUUUAUUAUUAUAUUAAACGGAAAAACUUGGCUAAAGAUGUUCAUGACUUAUCUUAAUAAAACCGUUAGCUGGGUAGGUGUUUUGGUUAAAAUGUGAGCAUGUUCAUAAUAUAGGGAGCUAGCUAACAAGUAGCUACGUUUUGUCACCAUAAAGAGCCUAAAAAGAGAAGGCAUUUAUAUUUAUAUAUACAGAUACUAGUAACAUAAUUCAUAACGCUAUGGAUAAGUUAGAAGAAGAAUUGUUGCAUUUCACGUCUGGUGCUAGUGCGAAAUGGAAAUCAGAGCCUGACUUAGUAAGAGAUGAAGCUUCACUUAUGACAGAAAAUCUACCUGAAAAAGCAAGUUCAAGUGCAAUUGGUAGAUCAGCAAGUUUAUCAAAUAUUAAGUCAAGCAAUGUUUCAGAUGAAAUGAGACAGCAUAUAGCACAACUCAAAAGUGACUUAGCGAAAGAACAAAACUUGCUAAAAGAAGUUAAGCGAGAAAAGGUUGCAGAAAUUAAAAAUAUGAGAGAAUCAGAAUCUGAAAAGUUUCAAAAUAAACUAAAGACUAUGGAAAUAAAUUUAAGAAGAGAAUUUGAGCGAGAAAUGGCGAAACAAAGAAUUACAUCUAAAACUGAGUUUGAAAAUGAAAUAAAUAGAAUCAUGAAACGCAAAAAUAGUGAGUAUCAAUUUGAAAAAGAGAGCUGGUUACAAGAAAAAGAAAAAUUGAUUUUAAAAAUUAAAAAUUCUAAAAAUGACGCCCUUCAGGAACUAUCAUUUGAGCAGGAACAGCAAAAGAUAAAACACGAAAAUGAAAUGUUUUGUAUACAGCAGGCAAAUUUGCAUUUACAAGAAGAACUUAAGCUUUUGAAGGAUUCUGUUAAUAACAGGCCAAUUGAAAAUAUCAGAAUUAAUAAAGAACAUCAAAUGGAAAUGGAGACCUUAAGAAAACAGGCCUUACAAGACUCAAGAAAACAGCUUUCUGAAGUCAAACAGUUACAAAAGGUUAUUGAAAAAUUGGAGAAGAAGUUGGGUUUUGAGGCAGGAACCUGUUUACGUUUGCAAAUGGAAAAAGAUGCAUUGGACAAUGCUUUAGCAAGGUUGAAAUCGGCAGACUCAUUGAGUCGACAAUUUUCAAAAGAUAUCAAAGGAAAUGACUACAAAGGUGUUGAAUUUGAUUUAGAAGGAAUAAUUAUGGAACUUCCACAAAGACUGGCAUCAAAACCUCAUAAUGAUCCAGAAAGAAUUAUUCAUCGAAAAUAUAUUGAACUAUGUUCAUUAGUUCGGAGAUUAAAUGAGAAAAAUCAAGCUAUAGCCAUCAAAAAUGAAGAGAUGUUGGAAGAGCUCGAGGCCCUUCAACAUGAUCGACAACCUAUUGAAGAAAAAGUAGUACUUUUGGGCACGAAAAACAUGGAAUUGUCACAGACGUGUCGUAAGAAUGAGGCUAAAAUCAAAGAAUUACAAAAUGAUAUAUUAGAAAAGGAUGAUAAGAUUGUUCACUUACAGCAAUUAGUUGAAAAGAAAGAUCUAAAGUUAAAGAAGGCUAGAAAAAGGGAUAAACAUCAAAUUGAUAUGCAUGAUUAUGAUGAUCUUCAAAGGCAGCUCUGUCAACAACUGCAAAUAAUAGCAGAACUUCGACAACAAACAAUUGAAAAAGACAGGAGGAUUGAUGUGUUAAAGAAUAGACAAGCAGGGAGAAGAAGUUCUUUGCCAGGCUCUAGAAGAAAGUCGUUAUCACUGGACAGUUUGAAUGGCAUUGUUGGGCUUGAUGUUUCAGACCAUGCUGCAGGAGAUUUUCCACCUGAAGAUGCAGAGGGUUUAUUAGAUGAUUUAAAAAGUAGUGUGGAUGACCACGUUGAAAAUGAAAAGAGACUGGCCAAACUUACGAAAGAACAUUUAGAACUUGAACAAGCAUAUGCUUUAUUGCAAAGACAAAAUUUCGAAGCUAAAGAUCCUGAAAGAGUUGAAUUGCAUCGCGAAGCUCUUCAAUCAGAUUUACUGGUUUCCCAGGCGACAAUUAAUGAAUUAGAAAGAAAAAUAGACGAUAAAGAUACUGAACAGGAUUUGUUGCUGGAGCAGAUAAACACUUUGAAAGCUACCAUUGAUGAACUGGAAGAGAAAAUUGAAGAUAUGCAUCAAAAGCUUGUUAGUGCUGAAUCAGAUUUGGUGCAGAAAACUUUACAGUUAAAAGGAAUGACUGAGGAGAUGAAAGAAUUAAUGGAUGAAAAUGAUUUGAUGGAAUUUCGCAUGGCUGAACUGGAAGACUCUUCGAAGGUAAAAAAGGACUCCGAAGGUGCUCUUCGCUUAACUGAAGACGACAGAGAAAACUUAACAACUGACAUCGAGGAUUUAAAUUGCGAUGCAAUAUCAGUAAGGAUAGCACUAAAAGAAUUGGAAAUCAACCAGCAAACUGAACUCUCUCCAUCAGAGAAAAGGACGCUAGUUCAAGCAAGAGCUCUCGUUGAUAAAGGAGCAAAGGAAUUGUUAGACUUAAAAGACACGGAAAAAUUGUUACGAACACGAGUUGAUGAAUUAGACAAAAAGUAUUAUGAUGCUAAGCAACAGUUGUCACAGCAAGAUGAAGAAUUAAGAAAAUUUCGAAAUGAAAAAUUGAAAUUAGAAGAACAUGAAUUACUUAAUGUUGAAAAUCUCAGCAUCUUAGGUAAACGAAGAAAAUCAAGUUUUGAUCUAACUUAUGGAUUUGAAAAAUCACCUUCAAACAUGUUAGCAGAAGCAAAUGCAGUUGAAUGCUUGUGCUGCUCAUUUUUGUUUUCUUUCCCGUUCUUGUUGUCUUCGAAUUUCAAUUUCAACAAGAUUCCGAUUUAUACUUCAAAAAUAACAGAAUUAGAAUAUUUAAAUGAAAUGUUACAAAAUAAAAUAAACAGGAUGGGAGGUGGAAAUGUGGAGUUAUCAGACGAAGAAAUUGAGAUGUUACGACAAAAAAUGGAACGUUUACGAGAUGUAGAAAAGCAAUUCAACAUUUUGAAAGUGUCAAACGACGACUUGUUACAUCGACUGAGAAAGUUUGAAGAUCAGCAGAUGAGCCCAACUGUGUUGAAUACUUUUCAAGACAGCCUGCCCAAAGAAUUAGCUGAUGAAAUUUUGAAGCUAAAGGAAGAGAACGAAACGUUGAAUGGUGAACUAGGAAGCCUUCGCACACGAGCAGAUGAUGCGUUGGCGUUGGCACAGAAAACUAAAGAAGUGUUGAGUAAAGAUGACCAGGCAACGCAGACACCGUCUUUUGAACUGCUUGAUUUGAUAUCUAACCAAUCCAACCGUGCUCCAAAAGAUCCACCGCUGGAAAUACCUGAGCUUGACCCAGAAGUAAUAGAGCAAACUGUCGUAGAAGAAAUGAUGACAGAAAUGGUGGUGGAAGAUGUGGAGUGUCUACCGUAUGAAUUUAUACCUGACAUGAUGGAACGUAGCAGCGUGGGGAGUGAGAGCACAAAUUCGUAUGACGGAGGAGAGCCAGCAUUGAUCCUUGAUGGUGAACAACUUCACUCUGAUAACGAAUUUAUACAGUCCAUCCUUAGAGAAUAUGAUGGAAACAGCCCGCCCCAGGAUGAGGGUGAACAUAACGAGAGUGUAAUUUACAGACCUGUGCAACAGCUGACAUCGCAGCCGGAUUUAUCUUCUGGAAACGAGUUUGAUGUUUAUUUAAACGAAACGUUGCAAUUAGAUACUCCAAGAAAUUCAGACGGACCCCUGUCCAAUCUUUCUAGCAAUAGAAGCAACCACGGGUCAAGCGUAGACAGAAAUACUUUACAAUCUUCCAAUUCUGUUCAGCAGACACAGAGAUCAAAUGAGGAUCAUGAGGACGAUAGAUGGUCGUCAGUUAAUGCUGAUAAUGAAAAGCCGUUGUUAGUCGACGUUGAUGGAAGAAUCUCAUCUGACUGCUCUACAUGUGGACUCACGCCACCCUGUAGAAGGACCAUACCACAAGAUAUAGUGGAUCAAUUAGCUAAUUACGCUCAUGCUGGUUCUGUUUCAUCUAGUGUACAAUGCUCAAACGAUAAUACUCCAAGGUACGACGAACAAGUUAGACAAGGUUCCGCAGCUAGUAAUCGUUCACAGUUUAGUAAUCGCUCACAGUCUAGUAAUCGUUCACAAUCUAGUAAUGACACACCUCGUGCGGAUUCAUAUCAGUCUGCGUGUUCUACGUGUGGUAUAACACCUCCACAUAGUGCCAGAAGCUCAUCAGAUACAAGAUCACAGUCAUCCAUUGUUCGUGGGGAAACUUCUAAUCCAAACGAAAAAAUUAACAAAAGAGAAGAAAGGAAAGUCAGUCUGAGUUUAGUUAAAUCACCAAUUUCAAAAAUUCCUGUCCGACUUACAAGUCUCCUGGCUCCAUCUGACAGGCCUUCACGACCUGUGUAUAACAAAGUAACACCUGAUUCUGAAUACUCCUACAUGAAGCUUUCACCUCGUGAAGUAUCAGAAAUAUUCAGCGGUAGUCCAAACGAUUUACGCUCAGAGUCCGCCUCACCUCCUUACAACAUCCCACAUAAACCACCGCCAUACAAGACCAACAUUGAUCAACUGCAGAGCGACGCUUCCCUAAGGCCGUUGGUAUCUAAUUUGCCCGCCAUUAGUGAAGACGUAAUUCGUGCUAUAAAUAAUCCCUCAGAAGAACGAAACAGAAGUCUCGAUGUUUCAGAAGAAGAAGAAAGUGAGAUCUCGUUACAGGGUGUUGAUCAAGAUAUAAAAGAAUUGUUAAAAUAUGGAAAACAUAUUAAGGAGUUUGAGCAGGAUGAUAUUGAAACAAGUGAAGAUCACAUAAUUAGAGCAGAAUCUGAAGAGCGUUCCCCUGACAUGCAAAAGCAACGUGUAAGAUCAUUUUCGGAACCGGUUAUCCGAUAUUCGCCAAUUACUUCACGUAUUUUGGAUGAAAUAGAAUCGAAAACUUUUUCCGAAAGAUGGGACAAUCCUACAUCCGUAUCUCAUGACAUAGGAUACAAUUUUUCACGCCAACCAAAACAGUUCGAAUCAUCGAGACAACCUAGUAAGUUCGACGGCUUAAAUAUGCAUAGACUUGACUCAGGGAUUGGUUCGAUACCUUCAGGAAUCGGUUCAAUUCCAAGGGAAAGCGAAAACGACACCACAUAUGAAGGAAAGUACUUCACGUCAUAUAUACAACGAAUACCAACUGACGAAUCUGACAUUACGUCGGACACCAGCAAUAAUAACGACAUGUAUAAAUCUGACGCAAAAACUCGAAAUAGAUUUGAUAACGAAUAUACAAAUUUAUCCAACUCUCAGGUCAUACAAGAUGAAGGAUCGUGUCCUGAUGUCUUGAAAUUACAAGACCAUAAGCACUUUCACUCGUUUCAUUUUAAACCCGAUUUAGUUGAGAAUGCGACGUCAUUGACAAAUCUUAAACAAGUUAAACCCAAUAACUCAACUGAGAGCCAGAAUCAGCCUAACAGAUUCCAAUGGAGCCCGGUCUCCUAUACAUGGAAUGAUGAGAAUAAUUUUACAGAUCGCCUAAAGUCGUCAGAUGAUUUAUCCUUCAGAAAAUGGAGAGUGCGAUCUUCGAUUCCAACUACAAAAUCAGAAGAAAAACAAAACAUUUCAAGGAGUCCUCCUCAUUCUAACUUCGAUACACCGUUAUCUAUUGUUCCGACGUGCAAACCUUUGUAUAAAUGGAACUCUGAGACCUCUAGAACUAAUGUUAAAGAACCUGCCACUGCAAGCCAUAUGAACUUCCCUUUUACAGAAAGUGCUAUACGAGACUCGUCUCCAUCGUUUAAUACAGACUUAAUAAAUAAACAGGACUUUCCUUCGUUUUUAUCGCAUCCGUAUGCAGUAAAUAAAACAAGCCUCUCAGAAGAACAAUGUCGAUCAUCGAAUGUCGUACAUCGUGGUACAACAGACGUUUUAAAAAAACGUCAACAUGGUGAUAUAGUCAGCUAUACGUCAAACGUUUCGAAACGGCAACAUCAACCCUUGCGCGAUGUACGUCAUACAGAUUUCCCUCAUAAAUUUCAAUAUGGUGACGAUGAAUUUUUAAAAACAAACAAAAUAUCUUCUAUAGGCAACAGCCGAUCUGAUCCGGUUCAUGGAUAUUUUCAGUCACCUAGUAAAUUAAAACUUUCACCGAAUGUUGAAACUGCUGAUAAUGCUCAUUUCACCAACGCGUUGCCUUUAAGACCAGGAGAAAGGUUCAAUGCAAAACAAAUAAUUAAUGAGAAUGUUACUGUUAAUGGUAAUACUAAUGGGACGGUGGGAUGCAAUUACAGCCAUCUAGAAUUUCCCAGGCCACUUAGCGCUGAUGUCGGAUCUGACAUAUACAAACAACACAAUACUUCCAAUUUCUUGCCGACGCCUCUCAAAAAUGAUGCGUCAGAUGUUCUAGAUAAGUCAAUAUCAAAAUACAAACCUACUAACUACUUUACUACAUUUACCUCUCAAGAGAAUAUUCCUGGUAGCAGUAGUAAACGAGACGCCAAUCAAGACAGAUGUGAUGUUAUGUUAAGAGGCAGAGAUAACUUUCCCAAAACAAAACGGACUUACCUGCCCUCGCCAACUCGUUUGACUCACCCAGUGCGCUCUAGAUCUCACUCGCCAAUACGAAAUAGACAUUAUGAGAUCACGAACAUUACUUCAAUUAAACCAAAUUUGGAAUUUUCUCGGACCAAAUUCCCGAGUGAUUCCGAAUUAAGUCGAAAAUCGGAUGAAGAUUAUAAAAUUACUAGAAAUAUUGCCAAAGCAGAGAGUGACAACAAGCUCUAUGAACUCUCGCGAAAGUUACCAAAACCACAAAAGGAGAGAAUAGGACCGAAGCGCUUACCACAUUCGAAAUGGUAUCCUAGACGUGAUCUGUGUGAAAAUGAAGGACAUGAUACCACCAGUCAAGCGGCUUUGAAAAGAGAAAUAAUGUUUUUAAAGCAAGAAUGCGAAUCAUUGGAAAGACAAUUAAAGAACAAAGAGACUGUUAUCCAAGAAAUCCAGGAGGAUCUGAAAGAAGAUACCGAACAUAUAUUAUUGCUUCAGAGGAAAGAUAAAGAGAUCCAACUGAAAGUUGAAUCCAUAACUCAAAUCACUCAACUACUUCAGAAGACAAGAAAAGAGUUAGAGAUAAAGACUGUUGAAUGUAACAGGAAAGAUGUCGAGAUCAAGCAGUUGAAACAGGAAUUCAAAAAUGUGAUCAACGAAAAGAAGAAGAUUGAACACUCUCAUUCGGAACAACAGAUAAUUGUGACUAAGUUGGACACAACAGAGACCAGAUUGGAUCAAGUUACACGAAAAUACGAUGAGGUAGUGGAAGAAAACCGAGAGCUUAUCGAAAGGGUGAAAAAUCUCGAGAUAUCUGAAAGAGAAUUUAUCGAUUUGGAACGAAAUGUUAUCGAUCUGCAAACGCAAUUGCGUGAUAUGGAGGAUGUGGAAGUUCAUCGUGACGAGCUUCUCCAUAAACUUAGUGAUGUGAAGAAACAAAGAGACGACUUUUUGGAGAAGGGAAAAUUAGUCGAAGAAGAACGAAAUGAGUUUGUUCGAAGUAACAAGACGUUAGAACAAUAUAUUAUUGAGUGGAAGAAAAAGACAACGGAGUUUAAGAAGACCAAUCAAGCACUUAAGGACAGGAUCGUGAUGUUGGAACGAGACAAAAAGGACCUGGAAGUACGUGUAAUUGAAGUGCAACAAGAACGCACCAGCAUCAUGACCAAAGUUCACAAGAUUGAAAUGGAGAGAGAUGAUUACAUUCGAGAAUUGAGAGAGAUCACAAUGGAAAGAAACACACUGGAAGCUAGGUUGGCUGACCUCGAAGACAUGCUCGGGGACCAUGAUCAAUUGGAAGAAGGGUUCCAUAGCUUGCGAUUGAAGGUAUCAGAACUUACUCGACAAAGAGAUGAUGCUGAGAUGUUCGUGCAGUCUUACAAGGCCAAGGUGCAGCUCCUAAAGAAAACGAUUGUGGAGAAAGAAGAAACGAUCAUGCAAUUAAACCAUGAAUUGGAAACUUUGAAGAUUUCCAUUGGAAAUUCAUCUUUAGAAGAUAUCUCCAGAAUAAAAGCAGACAUCGUCAGCUCGUCAACAAAAAGAUCUCGUCAUCACCACCAAAAGGAUCGCGUGAAGAACUACUUUCAUGAGAAGGAACCUGACCUUACUCCUAUAAAAUACUACCGACCAAGUGAUAUCGACAUGACAUCGGAGAGUGAUUCAUAUGAUGUGCUACCUGCACGUCCUGCCAAAUAUGACACCUACAGUGACGAUAGUUAUUAUGUAGAUGAAAAAUACUCGCGAAAGCCUCGUCCAAGCCACAAACAUCAAUCUGGUAAGAAAUAUGUAGCCAUGUUUGAUUAUGAUCCUUACAAAUCAAGCACGUCUAAUCAUCCUGAACGUGAGUUGAGGAUGAGAGAAGGGGAUUAUGUGACAGUGUAUGGAGAAAUGGACAUUGAUGGAUAUAUGGAAGGAGAAAUUGACGGUGUUCAUGGUUUAGUUCCAAGCAUCUACGUGGAAGAGUUCUCUGACGAUGGGCGUGAUAUCUCCCGCAGCCAUCGACACCAUCAUUAUUCUGUUAAGGAUUCUCGCGACACAACAGAACGCCGAUUUGUCGUGCUCUAUGACUACGACCCGUAUACCAUGGGAACAACUGAUCGACCUGAUCUUCAACUGUCGUUGAGAAAAGGUGACGUCAUCAUAGUCGUUGGCGAUAUAGAUAGGGAAGGAUAUUUUACUGCAAUGCUUAACGGGCGAAGAGGUUUGGUGCCGUCAAAUUUUGUUGAAGAAUAUUCGUCAUACUUCAACAGUUCACGUCACCAUUCGUCAUCACACAGAGAUGAUCAAGGACACCAUAAUUUUUCUGGAACAAUUGAAGUCGACCAUGUUGCAGGUAAGAUGGGUCCUCCGUAUGCACCACGUGAUUUGAAAGUAUCUCGCGUAGUUACCAAAUCCGCAGUGCUUCUUUCUUGGCAACUACCUGCCAUGGAUGAAUAUGGAUUAAGCAACGGUUGCCGAAUCAAAGGCUAUCGAUUAUGGGUGAAUGGAAAAGUGAAGCAAGAUGUAAGCAGUGUAUCUACAACCAAGUGUUUGAUUGAUGACGUUGAUCUCAACGGCAGGGUAGAAUUCAGUAUUCAAUCUGUUGGUGAAAACGAUAUAUGUUCUGAAAAAUGCCAUUUUGCUAUUACGGGGGCUUUAGCUGCCUUGUCAAAAGAUGGCGGAGUUGAUUCUGGCAGUAGCAGCGGAGGUGGCAAUAUGUACGUUGCUUUGUACGACUAUGAUCCAUUUAAAAGUUCUCCCAACCCAAACCCAUCGCUGGAGUUAGCGUUCCGCGAGGGAGAUGCGAUGACUAUUUAUGAUACAAGUCGAAGUGAUGGAUUUUAUGCAGCCGAGAUUAAUGGGAAGAAAGGUUUGGUGCCAUCUAACUUCAUCGAGCGUGUCAGCGGAAGUGGCUCCCACCACCACCACCACCGAUCUUCUCACCAUUCCAGCAGCCAUCAUCACGAUUCCGACUCAAACAGACGGGUUCAAUUUCAACAAAAGAAAGACUAACCAAAUAACCAAUUAACAUAAAAUUACUUAAUCUGGUCAUGUUUUUAUCCAUGAAUAUUUAAAAAACAUUUGAAUUUUUACUUGUUUUUGUAAAAUUUAUUUAUUUGUUCCUGUUUAUUUAUUGACCUCGUUUUCAUGAAAAAUUGAAAAUGAGAUUUGUUUUUUUUUGUUUCUA